UAAACCACAAGCUCAUUCUUCACUAGAAAUUAAUCUAAGAGCUCUAGACAUAACCACAAUCAUGCAUGUCCUUUGUUCUUUCUUAGCACUCCUUGCUAUUAUACAUGGAAUUCAAGCAGUUGAUUACACUGUUACCAACACUGCUCUCUCUACUACAGGUGGAGUUCGAUUCCGUGAUCAAAUAGGAGAUGAAUACGCGACACAAACCCUAGACUCUGCGACACAAUUCAUAUGGAAAGUAUUUCAAGAAGAAAACCCUACCGACCAAAAAGACGUUCAAAAGGUUAGUUUAUUCAUCGACGACAUGGACGGAGUUGCGUUUACAAGCAACAACGAAAUUCAUGUUAGUGCAAGAUAUAUUAACGGCUACAACGGUGACGUGAAAAACGAAAUUACAGGAGUUUUGUACCAUGAAAUGACACAUGUUUGGCAGUGGAAUGGAAAUGGUCAAGCAAAUGGUGGAUUGAUUGAAGGUAUAGCAGAUUAUGUGAGAUUGAAAGCAAAUUUUGCACCAAGUCAUUGGGUUAAAGAUGGACAGGGUGAUAAAUGGGAUCAUGGUUAUGAUGUUACAGCUCGUUUUUUGGAUUAUUGUGAUAGUUUAAGAAAUGGGUUUGUGGCAGAGUUGAAUAAGUUGAUGAAGAGUGGUUAUAGUGAUGAUUUCUUUUCUCAGCUUUUGGGGAAGACAGUUGAUCAGUUAUGGACAGAGUAUAAGGCAAAGUAUGGCAAUAUAGCUUAAUUAAUUAUGAAGUUGCUUAAUAAUUAAAUGUAUGAUAAGUGACUUUUUGUCGUUAUAUUUGUGUAAUAAAGAUUAUCUGAAAUUAUAUAUAUUCAUACUUAUAGUAUAAGUUAAUUUAUUAGCUAUCUAGAAAGUAUUAUUGAUAUAUGCAGAUUAUUGACUUUGACUCUGACUUCAGGUCAACCUUAUUAGCAUUCAAGAGAGUAUUUGUAGGAUCUUACGAUCCGUGUUACGAUCCUCCGACUUACGGUCUUGUUAUGCCUACACGAUCUUGUGUAGGAUCUCGAGUCUGACUACCUUGGAUAUAUGGCAUGCUCCUAACACCCCCUUAUUCCCUGCUAUUUCAAUUUCACAACUGCACAAGCACAACUCUCCAAACUUCAAUAAAAACACCUCAAAUGAUCUCUUGCAAAAUACAACAACAAUGGAUCAACAACACCUUAGCAUGUUCUGUUCUUUCUAGUUUCUACUAACUCUAACAGCUGCUAACUGCACUGAGGUAAUUGAAUAUGCUGUGUCCAACAGCGCCGGAGCCAGCACUGGCGCUACACAUUUCGACAAAGAAGUAGGUGCAGAAUAUGUCAAGCAAACACUCAACUCAGCCGCAGAAUUCAUACAGAAACUCAUUCAACAUAACAAUAACACUUACACCAAAAGUGCUGAAAAAGUCAGUGUAACUGUCAAAAACAUUUUCGGAAUUACAUUUACUAUCAACAAUGUGGUUCAUAUUGCAACAGGCUACAUUGAGAGGUACCGUUGAGAUAUCAAAAAAGAGGUUAUUGGGUUGAUAUACCAUAAAAUAUUAAAAUGGCUCAUAUAUUGGAGUGGGAUGAAAACGGUACUGUGAAAAUAUCAAAAACGGGUUUGUGGCGGAUUUGAACGCAAAACUGAAGACGGGUUUUAGUGAGAAUUACUUUAAUGACUUGCUAGGGAAGCCAGUUUCUCAGCUGUGGAGUGACUACAAAGCCAUGUAUAAGAAUAACACUAACUAAGGAAACCAUAGCUGGUGCUAAUAAGAAAACAUGUAAUACAUCUGUAAUAUCAGAACAAAGUUGUGUUAACCUAAAGGGAAAAUCAGUAGCAACACAACUUUACCCCAACCAUUAAAUGUUAAGUAAAAUAUAUUAUUAUUUAUAUCCAUCGGCAUUGAAAUUACAAUACUGAAUCAGUAGAAGCAGCACCU